AAAAUGAUCGGCAGUAAUCGUCAGAGGGCGCUGUUAAAAGUUAAUGGACUAAAAUCAUACCGAUCCUCCGAUCCAUGUCCAACUAGGACAGUUAGUCAUGCAUUGCCAUCCAUUUCAUCAUCAGCUGCUUAUCACAAUAAAAACAGAAAGUCACCAUUAUUGAAUGAGUUGUAUGAUGAGUUGCAGUACCGGAGAAACUGGGUUUUAGCUAUGCAGCAUCCAGAAACCAACCCUGCUGGCAAUUCAACAGCACCGCUUGAGUGGGACAGGUGGCUGUGUGAGAUUGAGCAUUCGUGGCGGGAUCAGGCAACACGGGAGGUGCAACACAAAUUAGAGAAAGCUUUUCGUUCAGUGGAUCCUCUUCAGCUUCAUGCCUUUGUCCUUCACCUGUUGGACAAGAGCCAAGAUUUGCGUCGGAUGAAGCCAUCAACUUUAGCUCUUAUCGUCCUGAAAGAGUUUUUGCCGUGGGUCAAGAAAAACAGCCAUGUGCUACCCAAAGACCCGUCUGCUAUUAUCACCGAUGGCAUGAAGUUGCACGCCUUGCGGCUGGCAACAAGUGCACACAUCAACCUGUUUGACAUGAUAUGUGAGCUGUAUCAUCUCAAGUGCAAGGGCAAUGAGUACUUGGCCACACACCUUAGAAUACUCCUAGCGAGGAAACAGUUCAAAGAGGCUGGGGUCGCGGCCUACAAGCUUCAACUUCAACACUGCUUCAAAAUUGAGGAGAUCUGCUUGCCGCUGGUUUUUCAAGACAAAGUGAAUCUCGUCGAGAAGUACAUUCAGGACAGCAAGGAGGCACAGGAGGAGCUGAUACAAAGACUGGACUCCUUCUGUACCAGGGAUUCCGAUCUUCAAGACAUCAUUGAUAAAAUGGAAGCCCCUGGAGUGAAGAAGGAGAAGUUACGACCCAAGUACCUCAGCAAACUGAUUUUGCGAUUGACAAAGCUGUUCAAGCUAGACCCAGCGAUCUGUCCCAAUACUAACUACCACAAGGAUCUGAGUGCAGUCCGGUUCCUGAUGUACAAGAAGUACAUUGAGCAAUCCUUAGAUGCUGAAAACUGGGAUGAGCUGAUAAAGAGCACUAUCCGAGACAACGAGGCCUUGCAGGAGGAGUUUAUCAACUUGCUCAUAGAGUACAAUGACCCUCCGGCUGCUGCAAAGUGGGCAGUGCAUUAUGGGAUUGAUCGGAGCAAACUCGCUGCGGAUGUGGCUGGAGCAAUUGAGACUUGCCCUCCUCCCUCUGAUGAACCAGAUAACUGGGAUGACAAUGUCGCAACACCCAAGGUGUCGUUCUAUCAACUGAGCCUACCCCUAGAGCGCAUUGUCAUGGUCGAUAAUGUUGGAUUACUUGAAGUGUGUGAGAGGCAUAUAUUUCAGGAUGAUCAGCUGGUUGGCAUAGACAUGGAAUGGACGCCGUCUUUCACUGCCACCCAAAUCACAAGGGUUGCUCUUGUUCAGCUGGCAACCUUGGACUGGGUUUACCUUCUUGAUAUGAUAACGCUGAUGGCCACUGCAGCUGACCGAAUCAGGUCUUUCUUCCUUCGAUUUCUCUCAAGCUCUCAGGUGCUCAAACUUGGUUUUGGCAUAAGCGGUGAUUUCAAGAUGCUAACCAAAUCGUACCCCGGCCUGAAAGGACCCGUUGCAGCUGUCCAGAGAAUGGUGGAUCUAGACACGCUUUCUAAGCAGAUUCUGAAAGCUGAGCCGGACUUCCUGAAACGGGCAGAGACAUCAGAAACCGAUUCUAGUGGCCCCUCUGUGAAGGGUUUGAGCGAGUUAACACUAAUGUGCUUCGGCCGAGCUUUGGACAAAAAAGAACAGCUCUCAAAUUGGGAGAAACGGCCUCUGAGACCAUCACAAGCCCAGUACGCAGCACUGGAUGCAUACUGUCUGUUAGAGAUCUACACAUUCCUGAAGACCAAAGUCAGCGACGCGUGGCUGGAUAUCGACAUGGAACCGACGUAUUGCUCGAAGACACCCAAGCAACCCAAAUCAAAAACCAAGGAACGCAAGCCACCAAAGAAAAAAGCGACCUUACAUGGCUUCAAGAGUGUAAUUCAAGAUUCUAGCCAGCCCCUACGUCCGGGUGAUUUGUCGGUGGUCUGUGACACCAUGCUGCAAGGUCUGGGUCGGCAGUUGAGGGCGUGCGGGGUGGAUGUGAAGAUCUUGGAAACAUCAGAUGAGCAUGAUGAGGCAGCCAGGAUUGCGUUCAAGGAUGGUCGUGUGAUUCUGACAUCUGGCACACCCUACCAGACUUUAAAAUCUCAGGUGGGCGAAGGAAAAUGUUUGGCUGUGGACACAAAGUGUAAUGCCAGACAGCAGACUGUUCAUGUCUUCGAGCACUUCAACGUCCGCGUUCGUCAAGAGGAUGUCUUCAGUCGCUGUCAGGUCUGCAACCACAACAUGUAUGUGCCAUUAAACAAUGAGGACAUGAAGAGACUAUGGAACAAGAAGAAAGAACUUCUGGCUAUGGGAGGCAUUGCCGCUGGGGUUCCAGCUAGCUCGGAAGGCACUGCCGCUGAGAUUCCAGUACGCGCAGAAGGCACUGCCGCUGAGAUUCCAGCAAGCUCAACAACAGGCAGUAGUGCCUCUGCCAAAUAUCUGAACCGCCCUUUACAUGGGUAUGAUUCUGAUGAGGAUGACGAAGGUUUGUUCCUUGAUUUAGAAGAGGACUUUGAAGGUGGUGGUGGAGACUACUUCGACAUAGCCUGCCCUUGGGUGGAGGCCAAACCAUCCGGGACCUCAUGCUCUUCGGCCUCACUAAACGAGAAGGCUGUUCCCUCAACGUCAUCAGGUGGGGACUCAUCAGUUCCACAAGUCACCUCUCCAGCAGACACUCCAAUGUCCAAGACAACUCAUCCCACAAACUCUCAGUUGGAUCCUUCCCUUGAAUCCACAGGAGAGGAUUCAGAGGCACAAUCAGCUAAGGCUCCCUACAUGAUGAGGAACUUCAAUCCGCAUUAUAGGCCUCCGACCGACAGUGGCCUUGAGAGAACUGUCGACUUUGACAAGGUGACCGUCGGAAAUAAUGUCCAACUUCAGGUGGAAGGCGUCCCCGAAGGGAUCGUGGAGAAAAUCCAAAAAUUCUUCUGCUGUGCUGGUUGUGGAAAGGUCUUUUGGGAGGGGACACAUUUCGAGCGAGUAGUCUCGCAAUUUGCACAUGUUUUAGAUAUGUCAAGUGAGCUAGAUGCCUAAGUCUACUUUCAUCUUGAACUAACUCGGACAUUAUUUGUAAUAUUCAAGUAAGAUUUGUAACAUUUCAAUCCAGUUCCAGUGAAAAUUAACCUAGGAUUUCAAUUCAUGUAAUUUUUAUAAAUAUGCCAUUUGAUAAAUUCAGUGGAAUAAUCAGAUUAAUCUUUCGGGAAACAGUUCCCACUGCAUUUUGAGCUAAUGCGCCUAUCAAAUUCCCCCCCCCCCCCCCCCCCCCCCCCGUCCCCCCCUUGCGCAGCCCUGGGUGCGAUGUCGGGAUUUGGUCACAUUUUUCAUGCCCCAGGGCGGGGAUUUUGGUCACUCAAAUUACAUUGUUACCAUUGGCGUGCUACGUGGAAAUGCAUUUACUAGUGCGCCCCACGACAAUCCCCAUGUCUUGAUAGGCACAUAAUUGUUUCUCCGAAUGGCAUAUAUGCUACCAAAAAUAAUGUAAUGUAUUAAUCUGUGUAUUAAUUAUCAAAAAAUGUUAAUGUUUAUAUUUUCUGAAAUUAAGCAAAGUUGUUAAAUCCGCAGGCUAAUUAAUGAGAGUUUCAAUUUACUGCAUGUAGUUUUAUUCUUGCCAUACUUUUCUUUGAUCUGGUCUGGGAUACAGGAUUUUUGACACCCGAGGGACGCAUGGCACCUUAGGCAAAGCUGAGGGUGCCAUGUACCUGCAAGGGUGUACAAAAUAAAGUCACAAAAUCGAAAAGGUUUAAGAUGUGACCUUUUCACACUGCAAUAUUAGGCUGUGGUUUAUACUUAAUAAAUAUAGAUUUACAAAGAACUGCAUCUUGAUAAUUAAUUGCAUAUUGCUUUUUUUCUUUUUUACUUGUGAAUGAAUAUUUUAAGUGCCUUGUAAAUGCAAAACUAUGUGAAAGUGAAAUGUUAUCAACUUUUAAUGUUAGUGUAUGCCCUAAAUAAAUGAAAUGCAGAAUAUUA